UUCCCCCAAUUAUGCCACCCUUUCUUUUCCAUUUUUUUAUUUAAAAUUCCCAUUCACGUGCAUAAACGAACUUAUUCAUGCAUUUAAAAAAAUAUCCACCUGCUCUCCCCCCUCCUCUCUACAUAUUUUAUUAAUUAAUUGAAAAUAUUAUCAUUGCACCAAAUAAUUUUUUUAUAAUUUUUUUUACAAAUUUUAUGUAUGGUUUUUGGUUAAUAACUUUUACAUAAUUAAUUUAAAUAUAUACUGCAGUCUAGUCUACGUUCGGUUAUCUUUUUUUUCAGUAGACGGGGGGGGGGCGGUAGUAGUUAAACUUUUUAAAGGCCUAAAUAAGCUGGCUGCUAGAGUUGGCGGAUCUGAACAAAGCCCGGAUAUCCUGAAAUUCUCUAAUUGUUUAUCAGAAUCGGAUAUCUGAAGACAUGAGGAUAUUGAGCAUAACUUCCUCCUACGAGCCUUAUUGAAUGAAAAUGAAAUUUCUUUGAGUCUAACGGGGACUGGGACGGUUUUCUAUGUAAUUUUAGAUUUUAAGAAGUCUAAAAAUAUCAUAAAAACGAUAUUUUUUAAUUAUCAUACUUUUUGCCUAUAAUUUUCUGAUAUCCAUUUUCUUUAAUUUUUUACUUAAAUCAUUCUAAUUUUUAUUUUUAUAUUUGGUUUUCUAUACUUAUUUUAAAAAAUUAUUGGCAUUUUUUGAAGAUUUUUAUUAGUUUUAAUUUUAUGAUGUUACAUAACAGAUUAUAAUAUUAUUUUUUUAUAAAAAUAAAAAAUAUUAUUCUCGUUUAGGGGGGGGGGAUAUGAGGAAGGGAAGGAGAUUGAAGGGAAAGAGAGAAAAUUAGCUUUUGUAAAAAAGCUUUACUUUACUAUAAAGUCUGGUGACGUCACACAAACUUGGCACCCUCUUCUCCUUCUUCUCAAACAUUCUCAAACAAUUUUCUUUAGUACAGGCUGUCUUUUAAAGAAAAAAAAUAUUUAAUAGUUUGUUUGGAUGUUCCCUUCUCGUCCCCCCACCCCUCCUCUCCUCCUCCCUCCACCCCCAUUACUUUUCAUCUUUCCUUUCCUCUCUAAUAAAGUUGGUCGCUCUUUUUUAAAUAAAUAUUUGUUAAAGUUAAAUAUUUGCUUAAAUCAUCGUUCACAAACGUGCGCAAGAUUUGUGACGUAA